AUGACAGGGACCGUUACAGCGGAGACCGUCAAAGCCACGCCGACGCGGAGUAUUGGAGGGCAAAUCGCUCCUAUCCAUACGGAUGGUACGGUUACACCCCGCAACUACAAUGGAGCCAACAAGGAUGUUAUCAAUGGAGCCAACAAGGAUAUUAUCCCGGCCCGUACGCGAUGCCUCCCCCACCACCACCACCGCCGCCGUGCUCUUGCGCGCCAUAUCGGUGCGAUGGGAGGUGUAGAUCUGACAAUCGCUGGUCUGACCGUCGCCGUUCUCCACCACGACGCAGAGACCAGUCGCCAUAUCGCAGGCGACACCGAUCAAGAUCCCCAAAGCCCACAAGGUCAGUCGCGGGAUCCAUCUGUCAGUUCUGCAGGCACAAACAUGGUUACACUCAGUGAUGGCACCCAGCUCCCUCUCAGGGCUACGCAGGUGCCCAAAAUUCACAUAUAUGAACAGCAGCAUAGCGACGGGACAUCGACGCUGACGUCGAUCAACUCCAAUCCCGGCGGAGGCCCCCAUACCAACAUCGUCUCAGUCGAGCAGGAUCCGGAGACCGGCCAGCCGGUAGUAGAUCUAGUCAUCAAUGACCCCAAGCUCCGAGAUAUGGAGGCCAUCGUAAGUUAUCUACAGUCAAAAUCUGACAUAGGAGCAGUUAGGGUCGCAAUGCACGCGGUACAUCCCCGCAAGAACAAAGACGACCCAAAGACGUUGAUCCCGCCCUGGACAUUCGAGCCGAGGGAUGGACAACCUUCUGUCGUUCCACCGCCUCCACAGGCUAAGGACAACACCGGUAUACAGGUUGACACAUAUAGAUCCGCAAACGCAACCCAAGCCCCGGGGAACGUGCUGCAAACUCCAGUGAACACAUCACCUGUCAUGGAAAACCCGUCAGCUCCCCAGAAUCACAGCGCGCUUGCUGAUUUCGUAACACCGGAUUCAGUCAUGCUAGAUUUAAGUAUGCCUCAAGAGCAACUAGGUGACGAUAAUCCGAACCCUCUGAAUUUCUUCCCUCUCGCUACGGAAAGGAGUGAUGAUUGCCGUCGCCAGCAAUAA